AUGUCCAACUGGACCACUGUAACCGAGUUCCUCCUCCUGGGCUUCUCGGACACUCGGGAGCUACAGAUCUUGCACUUUGUCAUCUUUCUGGCAGCGUACCUGGCAGCUCUGGUGGGGAACCUCCUUGUUAUCACUGUUGUAACUACGGACCACCACCUCCACAGCCCCAUGUACUACUUCUUGGUGAAUUUGUCCAUCCUUGACCUUGGGACGAUCUCCGUUAUUGUCCCCAAGUCCAUGGCCAAUUCUCUCUUAAACACCAGGACAAUUUCCUAUGCUGGAUGUGUGUCCCAGGUCUUUCUCUUCGUCCUGUGUUGUGCAGCCGAUCUUGCAUUCCUCACCAUCAUGGCAUAUGACCGGUACGUUGCCAUCUGCAAGCCACUGCAUUAUGAGAUAAUAAUGAACAGGAGAGCUUGUGUCCAGAUGGCUGCCGGUUGUUGGGCUGCUGGUGUCAUGUACUCUGCACUGCACACUGGGAACACCUUUAGUCUCCCCUUCUGCCACUCAAAUAUCAUCAACCAGUUCUUCUGUGAAAUACCCCAGCUGCUCAAGCUCUCCUGCUCUGGCACAUACCGCAGGGAGCUGGCAGCUCUUGUGUGUUUAGGUUUAGUCUGUUUUGUUUUCAUCGUUGUGUCACUAGUGGUUGGUGCAGAGGAGAGUUCAGAGAUCAACUGGACAAGAGCAAAGGAACUCGGCAGGAGACGCCUGAAUGUGACGCAAAAGAUGAGGAAACUUCCACAAUAA